GACGCCAUGGGCAAGAAACACAAGAAGCACAAGGCCGAGUGGCGCUCGUCGUACGAAGAUUACGCCGACAAGCCCCUGGAGAAGCCCCUGAAGCUGGUCCUGAAGGUCGGUGGCAGCGAGGUGACCGAGCUCUCGGGGUCCGGCCACGACUCCAGUUACUACGACGACCGGUCGGACCACGAGCGGGAGAGGCACCGGGAGAAGAAGAAGAAGAAGAAGAAGAAGUCGGAGAAGGAGAAGCACCUGGACGAUGCGCAGAGGAGGAAGCGCAAGGAGGAGAAGAAGCGGAAGCGCGAGAGGGAGCCCUGUGACACGGAAGGGGAGGCCGAUGACUUCGACCCCAGGAAGAAGGUGGAGGUGGAGCCGCCCCCCGACAGGCCGGUCCGAGCCUGCCGCACGCAGCCUGCCGAGAACGAGAGCACGCCCAUCCAGCAGCUGCUCCAGCACUUCCUCCGCCAGCUGCAGAGGAAAGACCCGCAUGGGUUCUUUGCGUUCCCCGUCACAGACGCCAUUGCCCCGGGGUACUCCAUGAUCAUCAAGCACCCCAUGGACUUCGGCACGAUGAAGGACAAGAUUGCCGCCCAUGAGUACAAGUCUGUCACGGAGUUUAAGGCAGACUUCAAGCUCAUGUGCGACAACGCCAUGACCUACAACAGGCCCGACACCGUGUACUACAAGCUGGCCAAGAAGAUCCUGCAUGCCGGCUUCAAGAUGAUGAGCAAGGAGCGGCUGCUAGCGCUGAAGCGCAGCGUGUCCUUCAUGCAGGACGUGGAUUUCUCUCAGCAGGCCGCACUCCUGGGCAGCGAGGACACGGCCGUCGAGGAGCCGGUGCCCGAAGUCCUGCCUGUGCAAGUAGAGACGGCCAAGAGAUCCAAAAAGCCCAGUAAAGAAGCCCUUAGCUGCGUGUUUGAGCCCGAGGGGAACGCCUGCAGCCUGACGGACAGCACCGCUGAGGAGCACGUCCUGGCCCUGGUGGAGCACGCGGCUGACGAGGCCCGGGACAGGAUUACGCGCUUCCUGCCCGGCGGCAAGAUGGGCUACCUCAAGAAGAACGGGGACGGCAGCCUGCUCUACAGCGUGGUCAACGCGGCCGAGCCUGAUGCUGAAGAGGAAGAGCUGCUCCCCGUGGACCUGAGCUCUCUGUCCAGCAAGCUGCUGCCCAGCUUCACCACCCUGAGCUUCAAGGACGAGCGCAGGAGCAAAGUCACCUUCCUCUCCAGUGCCAGCUCCACCCUUUCCAUGCACAGCAGCGCCGUGUUUGGGGACCUGAAAUCCGACGAGGCGGAGCUGCUCUAUUCCGCCUACGGUGACGAGACGGGGGUGCAGUGUGCGCUCAGCCUGCAGGAGUUCGUGAAGGACGCAGGGAGCUACAGUAAAAAGCUAGUGGAUGACCUCCUGGACCAGCUCACCGGAGGCGACCACUCCCGGAUGUUGGCCCGGCUGAAGCAGAGGAGAAUCGUCCCUGUGAAGCCUCCGGAUGAGAUGAAGGUUGGGGACCCGCUGGGAGACGGCGGUGGCUCCGUUCUGGAUUUCAUGUCUGUGAAGCCGUACUCGGACGUCUCACUGGACAUGUCCGUGCUCAGCUCUCUGGGGAAAGUGAAGAAGGAGCUGGACCGGGAGGAUGGCACCCUGGGCCUGGACGAGACGGCCAAGCUGCUUCAGGACCUGCACGAGGCGCAGGCGGAGCGCGGCGGCUCCCGGCCUUCCUCCAACCUCAGCUCCCUGUCCAAUGCCUCUGAUCGGGACCCACACCCACUGGGCAGCCCAUCUCACCUCAGCGUCGGGGAGCAGCCAGACGUGACCCAUGACCCCUACGAGUUUCUGCAGUCCCCAGAGCCGGCCACCUCCAGUGGCAGCUAGCCCUGGUGAGGCUGCAGCUGUCUGCAAGCAAGCGCCUUCCACAAGGACGGUCACUGUAGGACAGACCUGUGCCCCCUCGGGCCGUCUGGGGUGAGGGCCCCCUGAGACGGCAGGCAGCGCCGCAUGCAGCUAGCGGGUGCGAGGCCGGGGGCGGGGCUGCUGUAUAAACCUGUCGGGACCAGCCUCACCGAGUGUGCUGAGUGCUCCCUGCUUUCUCGUGGGGCCGGGAGCCCUGGCCAGCUCUGCCCCUGCCCCGAGUGCCCAGGGCAGGGCAGGACACAGUCCCCCAGCUCUGUGUUUACAGGGCAGGUGAGGAGAGAGCCCUCUGCCCUGCGCUCCUGGGACAGGUAGGAUGAAGCCCUCACAGGUGCGCCCAGCGCUCUGAGCUGAGCCCCCUAGUGUCAGCUGCCGCCCACUGGUGAAGGCUGUUUUGUGCCCACAGGCCA